GCUGAUUAUCAACUCGGCAACUCCCUUUAUGACCAACGCUAAAAACCCUAGUAUAAAUUACACUUUCCCCUUUUCCUUCACCCAAAAUUAACGCCGCUUUCUGACUAACGCCGCUUCCUUGUUCUCCAGAGCUAAGGCUUCUCUGCAUCUGCAGCGAUGGGUAAGGGAACAGGGAGUUUUGGUAAGAGGAGGAACAAGACCCACACCCUUUGUGUCAGGUGUGGCCGCCGGAGCUUCCACCUCCAGAAGAGCCGUUGUGCUGCCUGUGCUUUCCCUGCUGCUCGCAAGAGGAAGUAUAAUUGGAGUGUGAAGGCCAUUAGAAGAAAGACAACUGGAACUGGAAGAAUGAGAUACCUGCGUCAUGUACCUCGCAGGUUCAAGAGUGGUUUCAGAGAAGGCACUCAAGCAGCACCAAGGAAGAAGGGAGCUGCAACAUCUGCUUAAGGGUAGAGGUCAUUGUGGGCAGAUAUUGGAUGUCCUAUUACAGGGGGUAUUUGGUGGUGAUAUUGUUGGUUUUGGUGCCUGGCAGGAGGUUUUGUAGCUUGAAGGUUUCCAUUUAGCUUCUGUCAAAGAGUUUUUGCGGGGAGAUGCUGGAGUGACAUAAUUAACAAUGAUAUCUUUGAUUUUGGAACAAUGCUGAGACUUUGGUCUAUGUAUUCAGAAGAUGUUACUUUUAGAGCCGGAGGUGACUAUGACUCAUAUUUUAUACGGUGGCCAAUUCUGCAUAUUGAUAUUAUAUAAAAAAGUUAAUAAUUUAAAUAUCAUUAAAGAAAUUGUUUUUUGGAGUUAAUUAUUAGCACCAUUAAUC